AUGAGUUUGAUUUGCUACGCAAAAGGAGAUCUGUUUGAACUAACUAAGAAGGCAUCCAGAGGACCCGUUUUGCUUGCACAUGCUUGCAAUUGUAAGGGGGUAUGGGGAGGAGGUAUAGCGUUUGCUUUCAAGCAGAGAUUCUACUCGGCCUAUAAACUAUACCAUAAUUAUUGCUUGCAAUUUAAGCUGAACCCUAAGAAGUUGCUUGGGACUUCAUUGCUACUUCCUGUGUCGCCGAAAGAUAGAGGCUUCAUUAGAGGAAUAGGCGAACAAAUUAUCAUCGUCUGUCUUUUUACUAGUGUUAUGGGAGAAGAAACAGAAAACGAGAUCGCUUCAAAUACAGAGAAUGCUAUGAUUGAUCUAAAGAAACAGCUAUCUGAUCCUAAAUUCGUCGGUAACGAACAGGUCAGAGAUAUUUUAAACCAUGCUGAUGAUUCGGCUGACAAGCUCCUUAUUAAUAUGCCCAAAAUUAACGCCGGCAUCUUCUCUGUUCCAUGGAGUCUGACAGAACAAGCUCUUCUCAAAUCAAAAUUACCUUGUCGAGUGUUUGUUCUUUAG